AUGGGACAUGAGGAGCAUGGAGGGACUUGGCGCAUGGAAGCAGCUCAACUGGAUACGCAAAGGAAGAAGGGAGAAGCCAUCUUGAAGACCAGCUCGACCGUCUACUCGACCAACCGGUCGAGUUCCUCAACUCGACCGGCCAAGCUUCAACUCGAUCGAGCUGGAAGUCAAAGUCAAACCCGAAAAAUGCCGUGGUCGGAUCGAUCGGGUCGAUCGUGGCCGGACGGAUGCGUGGUCGGCCGCUGUGGUCGGACCGAUGAAGACUUGGCCGAAGAAAUCUCUCGGCCGGACGCGAGGCGUAGUUCCCCGGGUCGUGAUUUGGGCGCGGCCGAACUGUUUUGGACUUUGGCCGAGACUUCAGACGGACGGACGAGAUUCUGGCCGAGCGCGGUACUUUCGUUCCUCGGCCAGCCGGACUGGGCAGUUUGGGCGCUGAUUCUCGAUAGAGCCGUCUGGAGCAGUCUUCACUCUUUUGGUUGUAACUCCGUUUCUACUCAUCCAAAUUAG